GCUACCUCAGCGUCCUGGUUAACCAGUGCUGGAAGGAGCGCUGGUGUCGCCUGAAGGGCAACACCCUCUACUUCCACAAGGACCGCACCGACCUGCGGACCCACGUGAAUGCCAUCGUCCUCCGGGGCUGCGAGGGGGUCCCAGGGCUGGGCCCCAAACAACCCUUCGACAUCCUUCGCAACGGGCAGGAGGUGGCGGCGCUGGAGGCAAGCUGCUCCGAAGACCUGGGCCGCUGGCUGGGUCUCCUCUUGGUGGAGACAGGCUCGGCCUUGCACUACGACUAUGUGGACGUGGAGACGAUUGCCAACAUAGUGACGGCUGUGAGGCACUCCUACCUGUGGGCCAGCUCCUCCCAGGACCACCGGCCAGACUCCUCCCGCGUGGUGUAUGAUGACGUCCCCUACGAGAAGGUUCAGGCUGAGGAGGAGCCGGGGCGGCCGGCAGGAGCCCAGGUGAAGCGCCAUGCCUCCUCCUGCAGCGAAAAGUCACGGCGGGUGGACCCACAAGUCAAAGUGAAGAGGCACGCGUCGAAUGCCAACCAGUACAGGUACGGGAAGAAUCGGGCUGAGGAGGAUGCCAGGCGAUUUCUGACGGAGAAGGAGAAGCUGGAGAAGGAGAAAGCAUCAAUCCGCAGCGAGCUGGUGUUGCUGCGGAAAGAGAAGCGUGAGCUGAGCACGCUUGUGCAAGCAGGGUCGAAGCUGCAGGACCUGGAGCAGCGGGUGGCGGUGCUGGAGGAGCAGUGCCGGCAGAAGGAGGAGCGCCGCGUUGACCUGGAGCUCAAGCUGACCGAAGUGAAGGAGCGGCUGAAGCAGUCACUGGCGGGAGGGCCAGCCCUGGGGCUGGCUGUGACCAGCAAGACUGAGAAUGGGGAAGCUACAAACAAGCCAAAUGGGAGUCCCCCUGAGCACUUGGUCCCCGUUAACUGUGCAGCCGAACUGAGGAAGAGAAGCCCCUCCAUCCUCCCUGCCAACAAGGGAAACGUGCUGCGGAAGGCCAAGGUCCU